AGCCCUCGCUUUCAAUUCCCAUCACUCGCAUUACUGCGUUGCUAGCCUUAACCUGCCCCAGUAGCUUACCAUCACCUCAUGAACAGAGAAAUCCUUCCGCCUCACUCGUUUCAUCCACCUUUGCGCCGAGAAAAAUCUGAACCCACCAGCUACUGAACCUGAACCCUUGCGUUGCGUCACAUUUUGACUUGAGGGAUGAGGCUUCACGGUGUCCUCCUUCCUUUUCUCCUACUACCUGACGAAGGACUGUCAUCAACAGCUGAAACCAUCCUUCUAAUCUGUCGCUUGAUCUUUCUUUCUUUCAAUUCCUCCCUCUCCUCUGCUUGGCCUCGCGACAAAUCGACAGCAGCCUCAUGUACAAUCUUUGAUUGCGGAUUUCUACGAAAGUGAAGUGCGGUACAAGUUCUUGGAUAGUAGAAGUUUGAAGCAUUUUUUCCCCCUGAGCUGCUGCCUUUCUCCUUGCUCCUAUGUGGUUCUUGGUCAUCACACGUUGUUCUAUCCAAAAUCCCCUGUCCUUGUCCCCCUCGAAUAACAAAAGCGAGACAGCCGGCCACUAGAAGAACAAUACCCGUUGCCCACUCCCUCCAAUCUCUCCAUCACCCAAUUUCGCGUCGGCUUCUUCCUCCUACGCCGCAAGAGAGAAAGCCGAACGUCUCUUGAAUUCAUACCUGCUCGCACGCGCGUGCACGUGCACAGCUGGCAGCGACAGCUACAGCGCCGUCUUCCAUGGCGGCGAGCUACCGGCAGGCCCUGACCCUUGCGGCCGCUCUGGUGGCGGCGGCGGUCGCCGGGCUGCCGGCGGCGGGAGCGCUCGGGGUGAACUGGGGCACGAUAGCGACGCACCGGCUGCCGUCGGGCAUCGUGGUGCGGAUGCUGGAGGACAACGGCAUCAGGAAGGUGAAGCUGUUCGACGCCGACCCCGGGCCGAUGGACGCGCUCGCCGGCAGCGGCAUCGAGGUGAUGGUGGGCAUCCCCAACAACAUGCUGGACAUGAUGACGGACUACGGCACGGCCAGGGACUGGGUGAACCAGAACGUCAGCCGCUACAACUUCGACGGCGGCGUGAACAUCAAAUACGUAGCCGUUGGGAAUGAGCCUUUCCUGUCGUCUUUCAACGGCACGUUCCUGAACGUGACGCUGCCCGCCCUGCAGAACAUCCAGCGCGCGCUCAACGACGCCGGCCUCGGCGAAACCAUCAAGGCCACCGUGCCGCUGAACGCCGACGUGUACAACUCCCCGGCGAGCAACCCCGUCCCGUCUGCCGGCCGCUUCCGCGCCGACAUCGCCGACCUCAUGACGGAGAUCGUGCAGUUCCUCAACCAGAGCGGCGCGCCCUUCACCGUCAACACCUACCCGUUCCUGAGCCUGUACGGCAACGACGGCUUCCCGCUGGACUACGCCUUCUUCGACGGCACGAGCAGCCCCGUGGUGGACGCCGGCAGCGGCAUCCAGUACACGAACGUGUUCGACGCCAACUUCGACACGCUCGUGUCGGCGCUCGGCGCGGCGGGCGUCGGCGGCCUCCCCGUCGUGGUCGGCGAGGUCGGGUGGCCGACCGACGGCGACAAGCACGCCACCGCGGCGUACGCGCAGAAGUUCUACGCGGGGCUGCUGCGGAAGCUGGCGGCCAGGGCCGGCACGCCGCUGCGCCCCAACCAGUACAUCGAGGUGUACCUGUUCGGCCUCAUCGACGAGGACGCCAAGAGCGUGGCGCCGGGCAACUUCGAGCGGCACUGGGGCAUCGUGCGCUACGACGGCCAGCCCAAGUACCCGAUGGACCUGUCCGGCGGGCAGGGCGGGAACGCGGCGGCGCUGGUGGCGGCGCGCGGGGUGCAGUACCUGCCCCGGCAGUGGUGCUUGGUGAACCCGAACGCGCCGACGGCGGACAUGGGCAGGCUCGGCGAUAGCGUCAACUACGCGUGCAGCUUCGCCGACUGCACCGCGCUCGGGUACGGCUCGUCGUGCGACGGCUUGGACGCCGCCGGCAACGCGUCGUACGCGUUCAACAUGUACUUCCAGACGCAGAACCAGGUGGAGGGCAGCUGCGACUUCCAGGGGCUCGCGGCGCCGACGGCGCAGAACCCGUCCACGGACACCUGCAACUUCACCAUACAGAUCGCGGCGUCGGCGGCCGCGGGGAGGCGGUGGCGGCGCGCCCCGGCGGCGACGGCGCUGCUGCUCUUGGUUCUCCGCGCUGUCCUGCUGGCUGCUCUGUGACUGGUGUGUGGUGCUGAGAUGACGGUUAGAGGCACCUCGCCUGUAAAGAUUUUUGUUCGGUUCUGUAGAUAAUCUCGUGUUAUCAGAUCAUUCUGAGGCCCAUAAUGUAAUCCCUUUCGAUAUAAUGGACUUGUAUCCGUAAGAAAGAUUGGGAGAACGGCACAUUUUACACGUCUCCUGACAGGCCUGUACAGUGACAGCGCCAUACAUUCUCAAUUGUUCAUGAACAAUGGAUAUGCCAAGCUGUGAUUUGA